AUGGUUAAUCCAGACAUUGGACGUAUUGCAAGAUGGGUUAGACAAAGUAUUGGAACAAUCCUUGAUCUCAACAUGACGCGUAUUUGUUGUGGGCGUCAAGAUCUUAAUUUUACUGUUGCUUUAAUGAACUCAUUGAAGGGAAUCGGCGUUGAAAAGGAUAAAUCCAUGGAGGAAGAAAAUGCCAACGUUGCUUAUCAAGAAACUGACCGUUUCAACUUAGACCCUUAUAAUGAAACAUACGAAAAUAGUGAUACCUUCGCAGACGAUAUGAACCAAGAUAACAACUGUCCUCAAGCCCCUUUACUGAUUGAUCCCAAUGACGAUGAUCAACAACCACCCAUCGGCCAGAACAACCAGCCCAAUCAAAAUGAUCCUAUGACCUUCUUGGACCACCAGAUAGGGAAUCUUGUACUUCAAAUGCAAAACAAUCCUGCUCCUCAAAUCAAUAUCUCUGCUAUUAAUCUUCCGGCCCAAAAUCAAGAUGUCGAAAAAGCCUUCGAAGCUAACCAAGUUCAAGAUAAUCGAAAAAUCCUAAUUGUCAUUCCUUAUUUGAAAGGCACGGUGGCUAAUUGGUGGGUUACUGCUAGGACUAUUCGACCUGCUAUUGAUCGGUGGAAUGAUCCGCACCAUGGAGGGCAAAGUUUUCAUCCUCAUUUCAUUGCUCAAUUUCAAACCCCUUCUCUUAAAAUCAGGUGGUCAUCGUUACCUGACACUGCCAAAGCCCAGAUAUUUAUCAAUGGCCUAAGACCUGAAUUGUCUACUGCUGUUGCUUCCUUUAUGCCUAACACCCUGUCCGCUGCUUAUGAACGUGCCAAAGCCUUCGAAAAUUCUUUUAAACAGAACCCCUUCUUCUAUAACCCAUACCUUAUGGCCUUUCCUCAAUCUGCGGCUAUGAUCUCUAGCAACCCUCCAGCAGUAAACUCUUCUAAUAUGGAGGAAGUUCUUGUCAAGUUCACAAAAACUUUAAAUAUGACAGGCCAUUACGCUCAUAACUGUACGAAUCCUUUGCCUCACAAUAAUCUGGGUGCGGUAACCACAGAAAGCAAUGCUACUCCUCUUGGACAGAACAACAGGCCUCAAAAUAAUCUUCCGCCAAUUAAUAAUAAUGAUGCUCCAGUUCGAGCUCAUGGAAAUGAAGCCCAGACCUUUUUGAACCUCCACUUUGACGAAAAUGAGCCUCUGUUUCUCCCUGCUGAUGAAUCUGAAAAACCUGCUCAUUCCACUCGAUCUAAAAGAAGACGUGUUGAAGAUUCGACCCUCCAAGACCUUCUUGAAGAAGAGAGGACUAGUGAUCUAGAAGAGAUUCGGGAUAGUGACAAGGAACCUAAGAGAAAAGUUGCUGUAGCUGCCAAGCCAAAAAAGGAAAUAAAUAUGGCUCCUGUCAGAAAAAGAAAAGUCGAAGACAACCCACCUCAAAUCUUUGCUCUUAUCCCUCAAUGCUUGAUUAUAUCCAAUAUCCGUGAUAAACCCGCCAAUAUCACCUUCAGACAACUUUUACAGGUAGUCUUUUCUUUCCAUUCAGAUCUUGCCAAAAGUCUCUGUAAAACAAAGACCCCCAAGAAAAGAACUCGUACCUUCAUAAAUCUUCAACCAACUCCCAAAUCAACGGCUUUGUAUUGUGACGCCAUGGUCCAAGAUAAAGUCAUCCCUCUUAUCGUCGAUAGUGGGUCCUCCGGAAGUGUUGUUUCCUCCCAUCUCUUCAGUGAGCUUGGUGAAAUUUUGGACUUUCUGUACUUGGUCAGAGGCGUUGUAGUCCCAAUCAACGUAGUGGUUACAGAUGCGCCUUCAUAUCAGGCUAUCGUUGGGAAUGACUGGUUAUCUAAAAUCAAUGCCAACAUUGACUACAAUACCUUUAAGAUGACAUUCAAAUGGAAAGAUCAAGAAAUCAUUAAUGACGACAAAGAGUCAGAUGACUCUGAGAGUGAGGACGAAACCGAGUCUGAGUAUGAAGAGGAGGAAUUGAAGGACCGUCUUUUUGGUUUCUCGGAAGAUGAAUCUAUAACCUUCCGAUAUUAUCGUGAUAAUAUGUUCGGGCCUGAGGAGAAUGAUGAUUCUGAUGAUAGUUUGGUAGCCUCCUGGUAUAACAUUCACUCUGAAAACUUAGGAGCCAGUGAUGCCUGGUGGAAUAUUGAUAGUGAUGAUAAUUAUAAAUUACCGGGUGCCGAUAUUUUUUCUGACUUUGAUGACGAUGAAUUGGAGCCCCAACAUGAGUUCUUUUUCGACCAGAUGGAAGAACCCUCCAGGAGUUGGACAUCAGAAGUUUGUGGAAUGACGAUCACAAUAAGUUAG